UGCGUCAGGCGGUCACGCUGCCGUGUGGGCGCGGGCGAGCGGAGUUAGACUUUACUGCAGCGCGCGCCGGGCGCUCCAGCGACCGUAGGGGCCAGCGGUGGUAGGCGGUGGGCUGUGUGCGAGGUGCCGCUGACACAGCUGCCUGCGUUGGCCACGAGGAGUACGCGUCUUCACCGGUAAGUGUGAGAGAGGUGGCAGGAGAUGGGUACGCAGGAGCGCAAGGGUAUACAGCGCCUAGACAACUCGCUUUCGCUCCUGCCAACCUGAAGCACCGUACGUUGAGGGCUGCGGGGCUGGGGCCAAGUCAUUUGUGUUUCACAAGUUGCGUAAUGAAUCCCAGUAUGAAGCAGAAACAAGAAAUCAAAGAGAAUGAAAAGAAUAGUCCUGUCCCAAGAAGAACUCUGAAGAUGAUUCAGCCUUCUGCAGCUGGCUCUCUUGUUGGAAGAGAAAAUGAGUUGGCUAAACACUUACCCAAAAGGAAACAUUGGAAUGACCAGUUAACAUCUAAGACUUCCAGCCCUGGAGUUAGUGAAAAUAAAAAUCUUGAAGGAGUCACUCAAGAAGCAUUUGAUCUUAUGAUUAAAGAAAAUCCGUCUUCUCAAUAUUGGAAAGAAGUAGCAGAAAAACGACGGAAGGCUCUCUAUGAAGCACUUAAGGAAAAUGAAAAACUUCAUAAAGAAAUUGAACAAAAGGACAAUGAAAUUGCCCGACUGAAAAAGGAGAAUAAACAAUUGGCAGAAGUAGCAGAACAUGUACAGUAUAUGGCAGAAGUAAUAGAGAGACUGAGUGGUGAACCGCUGGAUAACUUUGAAUCACCAGAUAGCCAGGAAUUUGAUUCUGAAGAGGAAACUGGUGAGGAUUCUGAAGUGGAAGACUCAGAAAUUGGCACAUGUGCUGAAGGAAUUGUAUCUUCCUCUACAGAUGCAAAACCGGAUAUAUGAAAUUCAUUAAUAUUUGACUUUUGAGACAUAUACUGCCAAAGUUUACCUCCACUAUAGUUCUUUGUAGCACAGUAUAUAACUACAUGAUGCAAACUCUGGAAUCAAACUUCCUUGUUUGAAUCCUGGGACCCUAUUGUAUUAAAAUACAAAUACUAUGUAUUUUUAAUCUAUGAUGUUUUAUGUAAAUGGCAUUUUCUUAGUUGUCAGACAUGACUUGUGUAUAUGACUAAAUAAACUUCAAUAUCCUGUUGAGCAUUGUGUAUAACUUGGAAUAAUGAAGUAUAAGGAAUUUGUAGA